AUGGAUUCUCAGGAGGAAAAGGGAUUGGAGGAGGUACCCAUGUGUUGGGAGAGGCAUACCAUUUCCCUUCCUACAAAAUGGAAGCUCAUGUACCAUGUCCGGUGGCUGAGUAGGGUGGCAAGUGUGGAAAUGAGCUUGAGUGCAUUAAUACUCCUGCUAAUCAUGACCUUCUCUUCGAAUUGGGUGCACGUCUCCACCGUAGUCAUUUACGAGCCUUUGUUGAAGUAUGCCUUGGAGAACAGAAACUAUACUUCCGCAGGGCUCUGGAAUUACUGUAAAAUUUGGACCUGUUACAACGAAUCACAGAACAACAAAACCUUCUACAUUUAUGAGAUGAGCAAGAUAUGUUUUUUACUUUCUCUUGGUUCAUCCUUGCUUCUCACCUGCUGGUUCCACUGUGUCUUCCUGCCGGUGGUAAAACACCUCAAUGUCUUCGACUGGAGUGGGGGCUUGGCCAGCUUAUUUACAGCCUGCUUUAUUUUCUUCACUCUCAUAUUAUUCCCUAUUCACCUCUGGAUCCAAGAGCUAAAACUGAAUAAGAGGGCAGUCUUGGGCUGGAGCUACUAUAUUGGUUGGCUGGUGUUCCUGUUAUACAUCUUAUGCGCCAUCCUUUGCUUUCUCAACUACAAGGAUUCUUGGAGAGUGUGUCCUCAACUAUGA